GGAGAUUGCAGCUAUGAACUGGAGAUUAAGCCUCACUUACGAAUUGAAGAUGUUAACAUUCAAAGAAAUAAAAAUCAUCUUUCUAUGACCAACUCUACAUUUGAUCAGAAAGCACACUCAUCUAGAAAAGACAUGGUGCACAGAUCAAAAGUAAAACCAUUUUUACCUCAUACAAAUGAUAAUGGGAAUGAAUUCUUUUCCACGUUUAAAAUAACAAAAACAAAGACUCCCAAAAGAACUUCUGGAUUGAAUUUGGAAGUACCUGUGUUGCCUACAGAUAUUGAUACUUCAACUUCCUAUUCGUCAAGAAGAAUUGCUCUGAUAGAGAAUACUGACCAGAGCAGUCAAAAGGAUGAGGAACUAGAGGUGACAUUCGACUUAGAUGAAUUUAUUGACCUAUGUGACAACAGUGAAAGUGCUAUGAUUCAUGAAAGUGCAGCAAUAGAGGAAUACAAAACCAUAGAUAAAACUUGCAGGUCAUUGGGGAUGACCAAUAACCACACAGAUUCGGGUUAUAGUAGCUUCACCGUUGAGAAAUCACCUGGGUCCUCUGACUUAUUUUAUCUUCCUGAAUCAUAUGUGGAUUCCUUUGCACUUGUGAGACCAUCUGAGGAGCCUUCUUGGUUAAAACAAAUGUUUUCCCAUGUGAAAAGACUUUUAUCACAAACUCCCCCCUCUUUGAAUAAACUUUAUGAUUUUGAAAACUUGCUGAGAAAUGAAGAAACAGUAUGUCCUUUUCAAAAAGUUAUUUCUGAUAGUUAUUUGGCGACACUGCAGGACAAAGUCUUUUCUGCAUCCUCAGGAGUUGAUCAUUCACUGCUGCUCUUUGAAAAUCCUGAACUGAAAGUCACCAGUGAAUUGUGCGCUUCGGUAAGUACCUGUGUUUCAAAAACUGCAUCACCUUCUGAGACUGCUGCUGUUAAAGCCAAAGAGGAACUCCAUUGGAAUGACAGCUUUGAUAGUCUGUUUGACAAUGAAGAAUUCACUGAAAAUCAAAAGAAAACUCCAACGAUAAAUCACGCUCUGACAAGUAACCCUCCAAAUAUGUAUUUUGUUCAAAAAGGUAAGGAAGAUCUAGAAAUUAACAAGAAAAAUGUGAUUACUGAUGAAGAGAAGAGUAUACAUUUAUUUGAAGAUGAACACAGUUAUGACACAAAUAAUGGAAGUUUUUCUAUGAGCAAUAAGCAUUUAGUAAGGUCCGAUUCAGGUGAGAGUGUUAUUAGGCCAGUUGCAGAGCGAGGCUCCGAGUGGUCUCCUUCAGAGGUGUGCCACAUGAACACUGACAAAGCCUGCAAGGCGCAGCCGAUAGGCAGUAAAGCCACAACCAUGGAAAUGUCAGGUGAUAUUAGUGUGACCGAGCAGUUUCUGGAUAAUGAUGAUCUUUGUGACUGUUCUCAAGAAUUGUUUUCUGUUAACUUUGAUCUGGGAUUUUCCAUCGAAGAGUGUGAGAUCGAAAUACCUGAAGAAAAUAUAAAUACUAAUAAUAUCAGAAAAUUAAACAGUGCCUCGGGGAGUCAUGCAGAUGUUAAAUCCACUGAAGAUAAAAAAAAAUUACCGAAUGAUAGGUCCAGACUUGAAACAUUGUCUAAAGGGGAUUGGAAAAGUCUUGAGAGAAGAGGCAUUUCCACACCAUUGCCACUCCAGAGUAGGAGCAUGAAUGAUACCGAAGGGACUGAGGAUGCUACCACUGCAGCACCUUACUUGAAGUCAGGAGACAGAAGAAGGGGAAGUGGAUCACCUGGAGCUUUGGCUUCUGUUCUUUCUACCCCAACAAGUAGAAAGGUUAUGAAUACUGAAGCUAUCAAAAGAAUUCCUAUGAAUGUCUUCUCUAGUGCCGGGAAGGAAAUCCCAGAGCUGCCUCUUGCAGAUAAAGUAAAUACAACCCCACGAACCAGCAGUGAGAGUGAAGAAGAGAUUGUUUUCCAGAGAAAAAACAGGAAAAAAAAGAAUGUUUUGAAGUCUCCUGAUGUUAUGAAUGAUAGUGAUUUUGAAUCGCCGAUUCGUGCCAUCAGAAAACGUCGACACCCAUUUAACAUGUCGGACAUGUCCAGUGAUGACAGCAUGGAUUUUCACAAGAACUCAAGUAGGACCAGAAACAGCAGCUCAGCAGCCUAUAACAAAAACCAGCUGAGAAGUACAAAACGGCAAAAGGUCAAGAGCAAUUUUACAUGCAAGAAUGCAGCAAGACAGUUUUUAGAUGAAGAAGCUGAGCUGUCCCAGCAAGAUGCAGAUGGUGUUUCAUCUGAUGAGAGUGAUGAUGCAGAGAACGAGCUGAACUCUUCACUUGCUCAAUUCCUGAAUGAUGAUGUAGAGGUCACGCAAGUGUUAAAUGACUGUGAGAUGAAAGGUGUUUACCUGAAGUCUGUCCGUAGUCCAGCUCUUGGCAAUAGAUACAAAAUGGUUCAUCGCAACUUCAACAACAUGGCGAUUUUCUCACAGAUUCCUGAGCAAGACCAGGCUUAUGCAGAAGACAGUUUCUGCGUUGGAGAGGAGGAAGAGGAAACUUGGAAACAAAGUGAAUCUAGUGAGGAGGAAGUGUGCGUUAAUUUUGAUCUCCUAAAUAAUGAGAGUUUUACUAGUGGAAGAAAACAAUACCUCACUCGCCGCAGAAAAAAAUUAAAUCAGGCCGGGAUGGGAGAGAACUGUUCCGUCCCAAUGCAAAAGAAGAAACCGUCCCGAAUUAUUGUUCUCAGUGAUUCCAGCGGGGAAGAAACAAAUGUCAGCAACGAGCCCAUGAAAAAAGAUAGUUUCAGGGCAGAACAGGAAAAUGCCAAGUUACCCAAGUCAUUGCCUUCAGUCUUUUCUGUGCAGCACAAAAAAAUUGCUGGGGAAACCAGUGUUCAUCAGUCUGCGGAGAGCAAGAGUGAGAUGCUUCUCGGCUUAAAAGCGUCAGUGUCUGAAAUGCUGGAUUUUCACCCGGAGCAUCAAGUCAGGAGCACAUGCUUCCCACCAGCUGUCACUAGUUCCGAUUCGGAGAAACAGGAGCUCCAGGCUCCCACUGAGGUGGCAAGUUCUUUGAAGAACACCUGUGGGAGCACUUCAGUGCCCCCUUGUUCUGCUUCCACAAGCCCCUCUGCAGCUACAGCUCUGUUUUCACGUGACCCUCUGGAGAAAAAACCUUCACUCUCUAUUCUGGUAGACAGUCGUGAGAUCUCCUCUGGAGCCGAGGUGAUUUCUUCCUUGAAGGCAGUUCACGGAGUAAAGGUGCAGGUUUGCUCGCUGAGCAGCAGCGAUUACAUCGUGAGCAACCGCAUGGCAGUGGAAAGGAAAUUUCUGUCAGAAUUUCUGAACUCUGUGAACAGGACUAAAGUCACUCAGCGGAUCCAGCGCCUGCAGAGCAUGUUUGAGAGAGUAUGUGUAAUUGUCGAAAAGGACAGGAUUAAAACAGGAGAAACGUCACGGUUUUUCCAGAGGACGCAGUACUACGACGGCAUGCUCUCAGCCUUGGUCCAGGCUGGGGUCCGAAUUCUUUUUAGCUCUUGCCAAGAGGAAACUGCCGGUUUGCUGAAAGACCUGGCAUUGGUGGAGCAAAGAAAAAACGCCGCCAUUCAGGUGCCCACAGAGGUGGAGGGUCACAAACGGGAAAUGCUCAACUUCUACUUGAGCAUUCCCAACCUCAGCUACCUGGCUGCUCUCAAUCUGUGCCAUUACUUUGGCUCCGUGCAGAAGAUGGCCAACAGCUCCCUGCUGGACCUCGCCACCGGUGCCCGGGUCAGCCCGCAGAAGGCGGAGGAGAUCUACCGCUACCUCCACUAUGGUUUUGAUGUGCAGAUGCUGCCCGAGAAUCUCUGCGCUAAGGGGAGAAGUGACACAGCUACCAAGAGCUGA